CCUUUUCAUUUGCCGCUGUUUCUUUUCUCCCCCUCGAGCUCCGGGUGGGGCGAUCGUCUAGUAGGCCGAAUCUCCACUGGUUGUGCUCCUACCGAUCGGCAGAGAAGGGGACAUCGCGCUUCUCCGUGGCGCCGAAGGGAUUGAGGAGCAGGACGCUUCUGGGAAAUCUUGCACGAGGCGGUGGUGCACUUUGUCGGUAGAAGCAUCCCGGCAGGGGUCUAAUAGGAGAUUAGGCCCCAGUCUGGAACUGGCGGCGGUCGCUAGAAAGAGUUGCCAACAGUGUUCCGGACACGAAGAUAUUCGAGGCCCGGGAAGAGAGUGGCGAGCAACUGGAGGUAGAGUUGGACAGCAGAGACGCAAGAGAGUAGGUGGAAAACGACUUCCAAAUGGGCUGGCACAUGGCGGACGAGCAGAAUCCCGACGAAGUGAAGCUUCCAUCUUUGGGCAAAGGCUGUGAUACACCCCCAGUUAAAAUGAAGGACAUUGUGGCUCCUGUGAAGUCUGCGGUUGACAAGUUCCAGUUGCUUCCUGAGUUUUUAAAGGUGAGGGGGUUGGUGAAGCAGCACAUUGAUUCUUUCAACUACUUCGUGAAUGAAGACAUGAAGAAGAUAAUUCACACCAAGGGCAAUGAAAUCGUUGUGUCUGAUGUUGAUCCUAGCUUCUAUGUCAAGUACCUAGACAUAAGGGUUGAGAAACCCAUGCGACAACUUGAUUACAUGGUUCAGGAGCUCACUCCUCAAAUAUGCAGACUUACAGAUACUACUUAUGCUGCACCUAUCAAGGUUGAUAUAGAAUAUACAAAAGGAAGCACCAAAGGAAACAGAGAUAUUGAAAGGAAGAAGGAUGUUGUAAUUGGAUAUUUGCCAAUCAUGUUACGAAGUUGCCGCUGUGUAUUGAGUGGAUUAGAUGAAGCAGAACUUGCAAGGAAAGGUGAAUGCCCCCUUGAUCCAGGUGGGUAUUUCGUUGUUAAGGGGACGGAGAAGGUGAUCUUGAUCCAAGAGCAACUUUCGAAAAACAGAAUCAUGAUUGAUAUUGAUAGCAAGGGAAGUGUCGUAGCAUCUGUGCAGAGCAGCACUUAUGAGAGGAAAACCAAGACCAACAUUGUGAUGAAUAAGGACAAGAUAUAUUUGCGGCAUAACAUAUUGACAGAAGAUGUUCCGGUUAUGGUAGUCUUCAAAGCGAUGGGAAUGGAGAGUGAUCAGGAAGUAGUACAGAUGGUCGGGAGAGAUCCUAGAUUUUCAUCUAUGCUUUUGCCAUCUAUUCAGGACUGCGCUUUCCUUGGAAUACAUACAGAGCAACAAGCAAUUGAUUACCUGGAAAAGAAGGUGAAACGGUUCACAAUGGGAAAUGUUCAACGGGAGAAGGAGGAAAGGGCAAGAGACAUUCUUCUCAAUGUCAUCUUCUCCAAUGUUCCGGUUUACCGGUACAACUUUCGUCAAAAGUGCAUUUAUAUUGCUGUAAUGCUAAGACGUAUGAUGGAGGCUGUAUUGAAUCCAGAAGCUAUUGAUGAUAAGGAUUAUGUGGGGAACAAACGUUUGGAGUUAUCUGGGUACAUGAUAUCUAUUCUUUUCGAGGAUUCAUUCAAGAAUAUGAACUUUGAUCUCAAAAGGACCAUUGACCAUCUUCUUUCAAAGUCAAAUCGCUCAAGUGCUCUUGAUAUUUCUCAGAAAAUAAGGAAGGAUAUUAUUACUCAAGCCCUUGAGCGCGCUUUGUCUACUGGUGUUUGGGAUGUAAAGCGAUUCAGAAUGAGCCAGAAAGGUGUUUCCCAGGUUGUUUCCCGGCUGUCAUAUAUUGCAACACUGGGUCACAUGACACGUAUUGCUUCUCAGUUUGAAAAGAGUAGGAAAGUGAGUGGACCUAGAGCUCUGCAGCCAAGUCAGUGGGGUGUGCUUUGUCCUUGUGAUACGCCUGAAGGAGAGUCUUGUGGGCUGGUGAAGAAUUUGGCUUUAUUGACACAUAUUACAACCGAUGAGGAAGAGGGUCCAUUGAUCUCUUUGUGUUACAGCUUAGGUGUUGAGGACUUGGCAUUACUUUCUGCAGAGGAGAUCCAUUCACCAGGUUGCUUUCUGGUUAUAUUUAAUGGACUCAUUCUUGGUAGACAUCGGCAGCCUCAGCAUUUUUCUAAAGCUAUGAGGAGAUUAAGAAGAGCUGGGAAAAUUGGUGAAUUUGUUAGUGUGUAUGUAAACCACAAACAGUCCUGCAUUUACAUAGCGUCAGAUGGAGGUCGUGUGUGUCGUCCACUCAUCAUAGCUGAUAAUGGUGUCUCGAGGAUCAAGGAACAUCAUAUGGCAGCUCUUCAGCUGGGGUUGCUUUCUUUUGAUGAUUUUGUACGGGAAGGAUUGAUUGAGUAUCUGGAUGUGAACGAGGAGAACAAUGCAUUGAUUGCUCUGUACGAGGGAAGUAAGCCAGAAAAGAAUGUCACACACAUUGAAAUUGAGCCCUUCACAAUAUUAGGUGUUUGUGCAGGAUUGAUUCCUUUUCCACACCAUAAUCAGUCUCCCAGGAACACCUACCAGUGUGCUAUGGGAAAGCAAGCAAUGGGCAAUAUUGCUUAUAAUCAACUUUAUCGAAUGGACACACUCCUUUACCUGCUUGUCUACCCUCAGCGACCUUUGUUGACAACCAAAACUAUUGAGCUGGUAAACUAUGACAAACUUGGAGCUGGGCAAAAUGCAACAGUAGCUGUGAUGAGUUACAGUGGUUAUGACAUUGAAGAUGCCAUUGUUAUGAACAAAUCUUCUCUGGAUCGUGGUUUUGGCCGCUGCAUUGUCUUCAAAAAGUCUUCAGCUAUUGUCCAAAAGUAUGGAAAUCAAACAUCUGAUAGAAUAGCAAGGCCUCCCACAGGAAAAAGUGGGAAAGGUGGUUUUGAUGAUUCUCGCUUUGCGGUGUUGGAUACUGAUGGUAUUGCUGCACCGGGUGAGAUAAUAAGACCAAAAGAUAUUUAUUUAAAUAAACAGAGCCCUAUCAACACAAGGGAUCGUUUUGAUCAUCCUAUGGACUUACCAGAUAGCGCGUACAAGCAAUCAGGCCUGUCCUAUAAAGGUCCCUUAGGAGAAACAGCUGUCAUUGACAAAGUCCAGUUGUCAACGGACAACAAUAAUAAUCUCUGCAUAAAGUUUCUUUUUCGCCAUACGCGUCGGCCGGAGCUUGGUGACAAAUUCAGCAGUAGACAUGGACAAAAAGGUGUUUGUGGUGUUAUUUUGCCGCAGGAAGAUUUUCCAUUUUCUGAACGUGGUAUUUGCCCUGAUCUGAUUAUGAAUCCUCACGGAUUUCCAAGUCGAAUGACAAUUGGGAAGAUGAUCGAGCUCUUGGGAAGCAAGGCUGGGGUUUCAACAGGGAGAUUUUUUUAUGGGAGUGCCUUUGGUGAGCCAAGCGGCCAUGCUGAUAAAGUUGAAUGCAUAAGUCAGGCCCUUGUAAACUGCGGUUUUAGCUACAAUGGGAAGGAUUUCAUCUAUUCAGGCAUAACUGGAUAUCCACUUCAGGCGUAUAUAUUCAUGGGACCAAUUUAUUACCAGAAGUUAAAACACAUGGUUCUUGAUAAAAUGCAUGCUCGAGCUACAGGUCCUCAAGUAACAUUGACUAGGCAACCUACUGAAGGAAGGGCCCGUGAUGGAGGCUUACGUUUAGGAGAAAUGGAGCGUGAUUGUUUGAUAGCAUAUGGGGCGAGCAUGUUGAUAAUGGAGAGACUGAUGACCUCUAGUGAUCAGUUUCAAGUUCAUGUUUGCACCAAGUGUGGAUUAUUAGGCUAUUAUAAUGCAAAGUUAAAAAUGUCAUUCUGCUCUACCUGCAAAUCUGGGGACAAGGUUUCUACGAUGAGACUUCCUUAUGCAUGCAAACUUCUAAUCCAGGAAUUGCAGUCAAUGAAUAUUGUUCCUCGUUUGCAACUCGCUGAAUAUUGAUCGGAGACAACAGAUUUCAUCGUCCUUUUCAUAGCGGGUUUCCAGAAAUUAAUGGGGCCUUUUGGAAGGUCUGCCACAUCAUUGUUGGUUCGCUUCUGGAUCUAGUGUUGGUUGCUGGAUCCAGUGUUUGCAGCUAUCAUAUUGAGUGGCUAGGUUACUGGCAAAAGCAGCGCCACUGCUGGUGGAGGACAUCGUCACAUCAUAUUUAUAAUGUACCAUUGUUUCAUACUUCACUCACUGGUGGAUUAUUCUUGCAUCAUGCUCACCACAAUACAUCGAGGUUCCUAGAUGUGCACUCAUUUUAUAGUAUGUGGUUAAUUUAUGUCUGUUCAAUACAGCUUUGUAUAUAUGCACUUUUGUGCCAUCAAUUUGAAGAUGAGGGGCUUGAAUUGUAAAGUAACUUGUAAAGCAUCUUUCCUUUUCCCCCUUUUUUUCCCCUUCGUUUUUUGGUUGAGGACGACACUCUAAAGAUUCAUAAUCUAGCAGGAAGUAGACCUGCAAAAUAUGGCAUAUGAUUUAGCUUUUUA